UGCCCUUAGGAAGUGAAGGCGAGAGCCUGAGCAUGGGGGCGCGGGAGUUGGGAGUGGAAAGAUGGUCCACUAAGGGCUUCUGUCUGGAUUUCCCUUGGCGUAAGGGAUAGUGGGCCGGUAAAAGUGUAUACACAGACAAGAUCCUUCCACGAAGUAGGGGCCGAGGCAAAUCCAGCUGCCUUGGAAUACGAUCCAAUUUGAUUCAUGGGAGAGCACACCCCUAAGUCUUAAAACUAUAUACAAACGUCUUGGAGGUGUGCCUUCUCCCUUUCUCCGUUAUGAAAGUCACCCAGCUCCAGCCACCCACAAAGUCACCAGCUGAGACACACUUGAAUUACUACUGUGAAUAGGCCUUGUCAUUCCUUGUCUGCUGGAAAGCUCUGGACACUGAACCCUGAGGCCACUGACUGCCGGAGAUAAGGCCGGGCUGUGAGACCUGCUUAUCUCUUGCCCAAGCUGUGAGCAGCGCGAGUCGGCUAGUGAAGACAUUUCAAGGCUCUGGAUUAGGAGGAGGAAGAUCUGGAUUCCAGCACCCACUUUCUUCCUGUUCAUAGCUGAAAAAAACGGCUCCAAGAUGAGGGUGAUCCGAGUGGGAACCCGGAAGAGCCAGCUGGCGCGCAUACAGACGGACACUGUGGUGGCGAUGCUGAAAACCUUGCACCCUGGCAUGCAGUUUGAAAUCAUUGCUAUGUCUACCACAGGGGACAAGAUUCUAGAUACUGCCCUCUCUAAGAUUGGAGAGAAAAGCCUGUUUACCAAGGAGCUAGAAUACGCCCUGGAGAAAAAUGAAGUGGACCUGGUUGUUCAUUCCCUGAAGGAUGUGCCCACUAUACUACCUCCUGGCUUUACCAUUGGAGCUGUCUGCAAACGGGAAAACCCUUGUGAUGCUGUUGUCUUUCACCCAAAAUUUAUUGGAAAGACCCUAGAAACCUUGCCAGAGAAGAGUGCAGUGGGAACCAGCUCCCUGAGGAGAGUGGCCCAGCUACAGAGAAAGUUCCCACACCUGGAAUUCAAGAGUAUUCGGGGAAACCUCAACACCCGGCUACGGAAGCUGGAUGAGCAGCAGGAGUUCAGUGCCGUUAUCCUGGCUGUAGCGGGCCUACAGCGCAUGGGCUGGCAGAACCGGGUGGGGCAGAUCUUGCACCCAGAGGAAUGUAUGUAUGCUGUGGGUCAGGGAGCCCUAGCAGUGGAAGUGCGAGCCAAGGACCAGGAUAUCUUGGAACUUGUCAGUGUGUUGCAUGAUCCUGAGACUCUGCUUCGCUGCAUUGCUGAAAGGGCCUUCCUGAGGCACCUGGAAGGAGGCUGUAGCGUGCCAGUAGCAGUGCAUACAGUGAUGAGCGACGGGCAGCUGUACCUGACUGGAGGAGUCUGGAGUCUAGACGGCUCAGAUAGCAUGCAAGAGACCAUGCAGACUACCAUCCAGGUCCCUUUUCAGCAUGAAGAUGGUCCAGAGGAUGACCCGCAGCUGGUUGGAAUCACUGCCCGGAACAUUCCAAGAGGAGCCCAGCUAGCUGCUGAAAACCUGGGCAUCAGCCUGGCCAGCUUGUUGCUGAACAAAGGAGCCAAGAACAUUCUGGAUGUUGCACGGCAGCUCAAUGAUGCGCACUAACUGGUCUAUAGGGUACAGGCACCCCGGCUGCCUCUUUCCAGUGCCUACAUCUGGCUUCCAAGUGCCCUGUGCUCCCUAACUUUGAGGGGUGACUAUCCAAGGAGAUUGAACCACAGGGUGUUGAGACUUCCAGAGACACGCCUCACCUUGGGGCUUUGAUGACUGCCUUUCCUCCUCAGUAGUUGGGGCUUCAUCUCUUAGAAAAAGUCCAUGCCAAUCUUUGAAUGUAACCAAUGCCACUAAUAAUUAAACCAGCUCUGAAUGUG